GAUACAACUAACUGUCACCAACUAGUACUGAAUCGACGGAGUAUUUUGACGAGCUUGUAUUGCAAACUGACUGCUACUGCAAGACGAAGAGUGGUUUCGCUUUAGUUUUAACUCUGUUCUACAACACCCGGAAGUGUUUUUCAGCGGUUAAUAUUCCCCGCUUGUAAGUUGCAAGACAUAAAGCAAUUAAACAAUCCAGCAACAGUCCAGGGGGAUAAUAUUUGGAAUUAGUGAAAGACUUUCUACCCUGUCUAACAAGAUGGCAGGAAGAGCUCUUUCCCUGAUUUUCACCUUUUCAUCUGUCUUCAUAGUGGCCACCUUUGGUGCCAUGAGUGACCGAGUGUUACUGCGUGAGAUUUCCGCCAUAACACUGAGAUAUGGGAUGCCAACAACUGCCCGUCGGUCAUCCCCUGUGCCCCAGCUGAAAUGUGUUGGUGGAUCAGCUGAUUGCCGCACCUUCGUCCCACAGGUGGUUCAGUGCCAAAACCGUGGUUUUGAUGGUUACGAUGUUCAGUGGGAGUGCAAGACUGAUAUGGACAAUGCCUAUCGGUUUGGCCAGGUCGAGGUGACCUGUGAGGGGUAUGACUAUCCCGAUGACCCCUAUGUCCUCAGGGGAUCCUGUGGGUUGGAGUACACCAUAGACCUUACAAAGGAAGGACAUCAGCAGAAACACAACCAUGGCAACCAGCACAACUACUACGGUGACGACUACCAUGACCGCAGCUCCAGCUACUACAGCAGCCACAAGACAACAAGCACAUCGUUCGGAGGCGUUAUUGCCCUAGUUGCAGCUGGAUUUGUCAUCUAUAUCAUCUACAAGAUGUGUCUAGCUCCUCCGACCAAUACUGCAGGACCCCGCCCAGACCAACCUCCACCCUACAGUCGCAACGACAACAACCAGGCGCCACCCCCAGGGUUCAAACCUGAGUUUACACCAGGAUCAGACUAUGCUAACACAGGCAACACAGGCGGAUAUGCCAACACAGGCGGCUACCCUAACACUGGCGGAUAUGCUAACACAGGAGCAUAUGCCAACACAGGAGCGUAUGCAGGGACUUCUACCAACACAGGAACUGGAACUGGAACUGGAACUGGCGGAGGUUUCUGGACAGGCAUGGGAGCAGGCGGGUUACUGGGGUACCUGUUCGGCAGCAGCAACAGUGGCUAUGGCAACCGUGGCUACGCACAUCACCGUCACCACAACACAGGGUCGUUCUGGGGGAAUGGAGGUGGCAUGUGGGGUGGGGGUGGCAGUGGUUUGGGUAGUGGUUGGGGUGGGGGUGGUGGGUACUCCACCGGGAGAUCCUCUGGGGGAUCCUUUGGGGGGUACUCCUCGGGCAGCAGUAGCUCUGGAACCAGGACAGCCUCAGGAUUUGGAGGAACCAAGAGGAGAUAACUCAUUCUUGGAAUCGCUAAGCAUGCUAAGGGAGGUAACUGUUGCAAGAAGACAGGAUGGGUGCAAAUAGGCCUUUCUGUGGCACAAGUUCGCCCUCAAUCAGUACUACCUGCUGCUAUACCUUGGGGCUAAGUCUGUAUUUAGGUUUCAAAUUGGAUCUUAAGGAUCAAGAGGAUUUAUUUAAUAUCUUGCCACAUGCACACACUAUUAGGCAGCUUCAAUGCUUAGUGAAGAUGUUUCACUGGAGAAUGAUGAUCUGAUGAUCCUACCCUUCUUGCACAUGAUUUAUUCAAUAAAUGUGAUCUCCCUGAUCCUAUCUAUCAGGCUAAAGACGCAAUGUGUGAAAGGAAGAAGGGUUAAAUCAAGACCUUGAAAUAUAAUUUAAGCAGUUAUUUUGUUUUUCUUUGAAGUGUAAUAUUUGUCACUUUAUUUAGCCAUCUCCAACAUUAUAUGCAUUAUGCAGAAGAUUAGCGAAAACAAACAUUGAUCUGACAUGAUUUUUUUUCUUUCAUACAUGUCAAAUGGUAUGGUGCUUUUUAUUAAUCAGUGAUUUCAUAAUUUUUUCCCAAAUGUGUUUAUAUACAUUUCUUCUCACUUGUGAUUAUCGCAUACCGUUUCACCUGUGCGAGGUGAGGUGGUUUUGUUUCUUUUCUGUCCAAUGUCAAAUGGAUUUAUUUUCUGUUGUUUAUUUGUUUCUUAUUAAUAUGGAGGUAAAGAAAAUGAAAACAACCUCUGUGACUUGCUGUGUAUCUCCUGGACAACCAUCUGGUGUGUGUGCUACAAAUCUGACAUUUAUUUCUAUACAAAUGUAUUCGAACCAUCACAUUUCAAGUUUGUUCUUGGCGAAUGAAAAAUACAAAUUUGUGAGGGCUGUCUUCAUGAUAUAUUUUGUGGUCCUUUCUGCAAAGGGGUAUCGUUUUGUUGUCAGCUGGUUGUCAGCUGGUUGUGCAGUUAGAUUUUUGGACAUUGUUAUAUUAUCACUGAUAAGCUCUUGGAUGUAUUUGGGGGCGGUCAUGUAGCCUAGUGGUUAAAGCGUUCGCUUGUCACGCAGAAGACCCAGGUUCGAUUCCCGACAUGGGUACAAUAUGUGGAGGGCCCAUUUCUGGUGUCCCCCGCCGUGAUAUUGCCCAAAUAUUGCUAAAAGCGGCGUAAAACCAUACUCACUCAUUCAUUCACUUGUACAUGGUCUAGUUCAUAUUUUGUGUGAACAUCACUAUGAUAUAAUACAUCAAACAUUUCAUGUUGAACAUUUGUUUCCCAAGUAAUUUUCAAGUCAUUUAUGAAACUUUAUAUUGUGAAUUUGUACAAUGUAUCUAACAAUAUUAAUUGAAACGUUUCCAUGCAUGUUGGUGCCUUUGACAAGUUAGGACUAAUGUUGGAUGGUGAAGGUAUUACCAACUGAAAUGUUACUCUAUGUGGGGGAUCUUUACUUCCGAACUGUGGGAAGAAAAUAUCACCAAAGAGUCUACAGAUAUGAAAUCCAAAUAAAUAUCACAAAGUUAGUGUCUAAUGUUUAUACCAGUAUAGGGGCGGUGGGGUAGCCUAGUGGUUUACAUGGUUAAAGCGUUGGCUUGUUACGCCUAAGACCCGGGUUCGAUUCCCGACAUGGGUACAAUGUGUGAAGCCCAUUUUCCGGUGUCCCCGGAAUAUUGCUAAAAGCAGCGUAAAACCAUACUCACUCACUCACUUAUACCAGUGUACAUUAUGUCAUUGUAUAUUAAAACUAUGACUACUCCACUUUUGAUGGGGACAUUUUUCCAUGAAUCAGAGAACCGAUUCUGAUAUGUCAAGUGUACGUUGAAUUAGAAUCACAUCACAUGUUCAUACAUUUCAGUAGCAAAGUACAAUUGUGAUUGUAUUUAUUCUGUAUAUACCAAAAAAAGUGUAAAUAUAUGAAUUGAUAAUAAACAGUAUGUUUUUGACAA